AUGCCCAAAUCAGCUGCAGAAGAAGCAGGCCUCGAAUGGACCUCCCACUGCAUCAGACCACGACAGCCUCGACAGAAGCCGAUGGAGGUACUCUGUCUCGGUCUCAGCCGAACAGGCACAAUGUCAACAUACGCAGGCCUGCGACAGCUUGGCCUGAACCCAUACCACUGCGUGGAAAUGGGCCGCGAUAACUCCAACAUGACCAUCCGGAAGUGGCGCAAACAGAUCGAAGCAAAGUACUUCAACGGUGCUGAACAGCGUUGGAAGACAGCCGACGACUUUGACGAAGUUCUCUGGCCUUAUGAUGCCACUACUGACAUCCCUUGUGUCCUUUUCGUGGACGAGUUGCUGGCGGCAUAUCCCAAUGCAAAAGUCAUUCUAACCGAACGUGACACCGCCGGCUGGAUCAAAUCGGUCGAGGCCACUUUCCUGCCAAUCCUCCGAACCAAGAUGUUCACUCACUUCCUCGAGUACAUCGAUUUCGAGCACUGUUACGAUUACUUCCCGGUGCUGCGUUACAGUCUGCAUGUUUGGUCCGGUGGCAACUGGUCUGACACGGCCAGGCUGGGAAAAGGGUAUGAAGAGCACAAUGCUUAUGUCAAGAGUGUUGUGCCGCAGGAGAGGUUGCUGGUGUGGCAUGCAAGGGAUGGCUGGGAGCCGCUGUGUAAGCAUCUUGGGAAGCCUGUUCCGGACAAGCCGUUUCCGAAGAUCAAUGAGGGCGAUUUUGCUGCGAAGUUGCAUAAGAAGGUUGUAUUGCCACUUAGGCUUCUUGCUGUGACGACGAAGCUGUUGAAGGUGAUGGCGCCGAUUGUAGUCGCGUGGCUCGGCUGGUGGGCGUAUGGGAGAGGUUAUGGCGAUAAGCUGAUGGAUGUUGUGGUCAGGAGCAGCUAG